AUGUGGUGGACACUGUGUGGACAGGGCUUUUUGCCUGGCCAACUGCAGAACUUCAAAUGCCAGCACUAUUUACUUGCUUGGCAAAUGUCAGCUGCAGCUUCUUCUGAUGGUGGUGGUAAAUCAGGCUGUGAUGACUGUGGCUGCCAAAAUAAAGCAGUUAACCAAAAGGAUUUGAACAAGGAUGACAGGCAAAAUGCCAGAGACAGUGAUUCUGCUUUUGGAAAUGUGGAAGAGGAAAAGGAAAUGUCUGGAGAAUGGUACUUUAAACAUAAAUCAGUACCUGCUGAAAACAAAGAGAAAGACUGUGAUGAAAAUGAAUUUGAAUGUAUAGCAGCAGACUUGUUGAAUGAAAUGGAAAGUGACAGCCUACCAUACCUGAAUCAAAUGCUGAAUGCAGAAUCUCACCGUAUGAAUCAUUACAGCCAUGUGCACCGAAGACGCUGCAGAGAUUAUAGUAAUUAUAAUGUUAACUGUUGGUUCCACCCAGCACAUAAAGGCAAAUGGUUUUCUGUCAUCUACCAAAACUUCAUGAACUUUAUACAGAAUUGGCAAAAAUAA